AUGACUGCCUUUAUUGUGACUCUUGCAGACUUUAUCUGCAUGGAAAUACAAGGAUUUCCCUUCUUUUUGUCUGAACAGUCGCAACCAGUAAAAUACACGCAAGAGGGGGAGUGUAGUUCACCGGAGAGCAAAGUGAAGCAUGUCUACUAUGGCGAUACAAUAACCCUUGGUGAUGAAAUUUUGGAUCCCAUAGAUGCAAUACCAGAGAAUUCCUUGAAGCACAUGUUAAAGUUGCCCAAACACUUUGAAAGGAUUAUGUGUUACUCACUCAGCAUGUUUGUUGAUGCAAUGUUAUUCGAACUAACUUUAAUGCCAAUACAGGCUGUUAGUACGUUUAUUUACAUUUUGCAAAAGGGGCAAGGGCGAAUAGUAGCUCUAUGUGAUCAUCAUUUGACAAAAUUGCUGGCGCUCGUAAAUUUUUCAGACAAUUUAUUGCCUCCUAAUGCAGGUUCACGGCAUGUUACGGAUAUUGCCGGUUCUGAACAGACGGCAUAUGAAUGGCCGAGGGAUCUGAGAUCAUAUUAUAUCGGGAACGAUAGUUAUGCGAAAAUGGAAGAUGGAACCAUUUAUCCCUUAGACAGUGACCAAGGUAAUGACAUAAUUAGUGACUUAGUCGAUGAAAUCAAUGAGGAUGCGACGACAUGCCAUCAAAGUAGUCCUAAGGAUGAUGUAAGUCCGCUAAAUGAGACAUCCCUACAGAGCCCCCAAAAUAUGGUUGAAAGUUUUGACGUUAAUGUAAGUCGGGAUCCUUCAUUCUCGUUUGAAACGAAGAAUGACUAUACAAUAUUUUCGCGAUAUAAUUCUUUGCCUUAUCUGAUAAAUCCGAGUGAGGCAUGCGGAUUUGUACGGUUCAUUGCUUUAAUAUUGACUGUAAUGAUGUUGUCGCGAAUAGACACGUCCAAGGUUUAUCACAAUAUCCGGGGUCAGCCUUUUUUUAAGCUUUACGUGAUCCUAAAUAUGUUGGAAAUAUGCGAGCGUCUUUGUAGAUCUUUUGGAAGGGACUGCACUGACACUCUUAUGCGUACUACCAUGAAAAUCUACAAACAUCUUUCAAACUUCAACGAAAUUCGUGAAGCUGUAAUCUCUGGUAUGGAUGUGAAUAGGUUUCAAAGGACUAGUGAUGUGUUACUAUCCCCAAACAACACUAUCCACAACUCAACAUUUAUCGAGAACAGUUCCGUCGAUACUGACCGCGGCAGCAUUCACUUUAGAGGGUAUGAUAAGGUUACUCCAACAACGAGUUGUCGAGAAUUGCACGAAACAUCCCCUUUUUCACCUCUUGAGAGGAAUAUAAGCUUGUCACCGGUUUUGUCUCCCGUUGCCUUCCCUACACACAAACAUCAACUGUCAAAGAACAUGGGAUGCACGAGCAAUAUGGUAACUAGACACGUAGAGAUAAGCAGUGACCUAAUCUGUCGGUCGAAUGCGCUUAUGAAAGAUCUGCCCGCGUCGAUGGAUACAAUACCAGACACCGUAUUUCCGGAAUCGUCAACAGAUCCACAGGAGUGGAGAAAUAUGUACCUAGAGUUUUUCUUGAGGUUUAUGUUGGUAGCAGCUUAUACGUUGUUUCACGCCUUUCUGCAUCUUGUUCGAGUUUUGAUCUUCAAUAUUGCAAUAAACUCAUCGGACUCGGCGAUGUUCCUUCUUAUGGUGACGAAUAACUUUGCAGAGAUCAAGUCAACUGUUUUCAAGAAGUACAACGAAACUUCCCUUUUUACUAUAGUAUCAACCGAUGCGGUUGAGCGUAUCCACCUUUGUUUCGACGCGAUGAUUGUGUUCUUCAAGAUGUCGACAGUUCAGAAUCCCUUCAACGCAUACUUGCAGGUAUCGCGGUGGUUGAUUCAGAUGUUGAUGCUAGAAAUUUUGAUUGACUAUUUCAAACACAGUUUCUUGCUCAAGUUCAACAAAAUAGAAGGUGAGAUUUUUAAACGUUACACUGAGGUUUUGAUGGCCGAUGUUUUGUUGUCGCGUUGCCAACGGCGUUUACAUGGGCUUGUUAAAUUCGAUUUCCGGGUCACAUGUAAGGGAGCCUAUUCGUUUUCCCAUAUACCAGCUAGGAGAUUGGGUUUGAUGCCCUCACCGAUUGUAGCGCUUAUCGUCUGCAACAUCCCGUAUAUUAGAAACUCUAUGACAUUCUCCAGAUUCAUAGGUGCUCUUCUUAUAUGGUCCUCACUCUUUUUUCUCAAGAUUACAUUCUCAAUUUUGGUUUUGGCACACGGCAUUAAAAAACGCCGGAACCUACUUCGGCUCAAACAGCCUAUGGACAAGAUCGGCGCACUGUGA